CGCCGUGACCUCGCCUCGGGUCAAAGGUCUCCCGGAAGGUGGUGGGCUCUGGAAAGGUGGUGGUGGAGGUCGGGAUGGGCGGACCCUUGGGACCUCUUGGCUGCGGAUGAUAGGCAGUGUAGUACCUCCGAAGCACGAUCCCUUCUGCUUUUAAGGAGCCCUGAUGACUCCGGAGGAGGGGGGGCCGGUGGCAGAGGUGGCUGGCUGGGGACAAGUGGAGCUGGAGUCCAGGGCAUCUGGAGGACCCGUAUCGGCGGCUAUGAAGGCUGCGGUCCGCCGGGGGGAUGGAAGCGCCCUUCCUGGAGGCCGCGAGGCUGGGAUACAAGCGGGUUCUGCCUCAGGGCGCCCCCUCCGAAAGGAAAGGAGCCCCCGCCCUCCGGCGAAGGCGCGACGGCGUCCUCCCCGCGGCUCUUACCGCGCCGACGUUUAACAGCCGCCGCGUGUCGGGGUGCGCGAGGAAGCACCCCCAGCCGUUGACCAAGGCCGGGAGCAGCCGUCCGAGGCGAAACGUUGAUAGGGCAGGAUACGCAGGCUGUUCCGGGGUGCCGGAGUCAGGAGUCGGGCAAAAAGAUGAACUUGCCUGGAUCGGGUUGAGAAAUUAAUUGGAGGAUAGACAAAGGGAGAAGGGGGCAUCUCUUAUCUCUGCUUUCCUGAAGCCCUUUGGCCCAUUUUGUGAGCAUCUACAGCAGUGUUCCUCAACCUUCGCAACUUUAAGAUAUGUGGACUUCAGCUCCCAGAAUUCCCUGGCCAGGAUCUAUAAAAAUAUGUAUAGAGAGAGAGUAGUACAUGUUGCUUCAAAAAGAAAAAAAAAAUCUGGUAUUGUCAUGGUAGUAUAUUCCCCAUAAGUAUGUUCCAGGAUUCUGCUUCUCACAAGUCUCUGAAGCCCUUCUCUCCCCUUUUACAUGCACAGUUCAACAGUAUGGGUGUAGGAAGACUUUUCCAAGCCUUUUGUUGCUACCCUGCAAGGAGGCUGCAGAUCCUUCAGUCCUCCUGGCACAAACCUCCAGACUUGGCCCUGUGGAGGAAUUAUGCAUCUUGUCCCUACAAAGCUGUGAUCUUUGAUAUGGGUGGAGUUCUGCUUCCUUCUCCAUUCAAACUGGCUCUGGAUUGGGAGAUUCGGAAUCACGUCCCCCCUGGCACCAUCGAAGAGGCCUUAAUGUCGGGGGGUGAGAACAGGCCCUGGAUGAGAUACAUGAAAGGGGAGCUGAACCCAGCAGAAUUUCAGCAUGAGUUCAGACAACGGUGCUCCAGAAUUGCAAAUUCUUCUGUGCCAGUGGAUUCUUUCCUUUUUGAAUUAACCAGUUUUCAAAUGUCAGAACAGCUCCCGGCUAUGACUGAGGCUGUAAAGUGCAUUCGAGCCAAAGGUCUCAAGACUGCUGUUCUGACUAACAACUUUUAUCUAGACAGUGGAGAAAGUUUUCUGCCCAUAGACAGAAAGCAAUUUGAUGUGAUUGUAGAGUCUUGUCGGGAAGGAGUGUGUAAACCCAACCCUCAGAUCUACCAGCUUUGCUUGGAGCGCCUGGGUGUCCAGGCCAAGGAAUCCAUCUUUUUGGAUGACAUUGGACAGAACCUGAAAGCUGCUAGCCAACUUGGCAUUAAGACAUUGAAGGUCAGUGAUGUGGACUCUGCAGUUCAAGAAUUAGAAACCUACCUGACUUUUCCCUUGCGUCACUUUGUUCCUUAUACUUCUUCUGUGAGGCCAGCGAUGGAAAUCCCCACAGAGCCUCUACAGAAAUAUCUUGAAAACAUCUUGGGGGCCCAAGCGAAAGGUUCUCUGGUGCUGCACCAAUUCAGUCACGGACAGUCCAAUCCGACUUACUACGUCAGAUUUGGGGAUCAUCGGUUGGUUUUAAGGAAGAAGCCACCGGGGAAGCUCCUGCCCUCUGCUCAUGCAGUAGAGAGAGAAUACAGGAUUCUGAAGGCCCUUGGGGAUACUGGCAUUCCUGUUCCAAAAGUCCUGUCCUUAUGUGAAGAUUCAAGUGUCAUCGGCACCCCAUUCUAUCUGAUGGAGUACUGCGCUGGCCGGAUCUUCAAGGACCCUUCUCUUCCAGAACUUGAGCCCCACCAGCGCAUGGAGGUUUAUACUGCCAUGAACAGCGCCCUCUGUAAAAUCCAUAGUGUAGACAUCAAAGCCGUUGGUCUGGAAGAUUAUGGAAAACAUGGAAAUUAUGUCCAGCGGCAAAUCCAGACAUGGAGCAAGCAAUAUCGGGCCGCAGAGACCCACGCGAUCCCAACCAUGGAGAGGCUCCUCGAAUGGUUCCCAUCCCACCUUCCAGCCAGUGAGCAGCUCUCAAUUGUUCAUGGAGAUUUCAGACUGGACAAUCUUAUCUUCCACCCCGAGAAAAUUGAAGUUGUUGCUGUCCUCGACUGGGAGCUCUCCACCUUGGGGAACCCUCUCUGUGACGUGGCGCAUAACUGUCUGGGGUAUUACUUGCCUUCUGAUUGCAACAUCUUAAAAGGUUUGAGCAACCGUGACCUCAGCCAAAUGGCCAUUCCCACGGCAGAGGCCUACUUCCAGAUGUACUGCCGUCACCGGGGUAUCCCUCCAAUCGAGAACUGGAACUUCUAUAUGGCCUUUUCCUUUUUUAGAAUGGCUGCCAUCCUACAGGGCAUCUACAAACGCUUCCUCGCAGACCAGGCCACUUCAGCAACAGCCGAAAGCACCGGCAAGCUAGUGGAGUUCAUGGCGGACCUCGCUUGGGAUUUUGCCACGAAGGAAGGCUUCCGAAUCUUCAGGGAGCUUCCAAGUUCUAGACCGCUCAUCAGGACAUUCAGUACUUGGGCUGGCCCAAGAUGGUUCCUAAGGAGGGACUACUCCACACUGAAGCCUGCAUCCCAGUCCCACCUGAUCGUGUCUCCCGAGGGCCUGCCAAACCAUGUCCAGGAGAUGUACCACAAACUGAAGAGAUUUAUGGAUUCCCACAUUUACCCAUCUGAGCAGCUCCUGCGAGAUCACCAGUCUUCCCCGAGUAGGUGGACUCCCCAUUCUCUCAUAGAAGAGCUCAAGGACAAAGCAAAAUCUGAGGGGCUGUGGAACCUUUUCUUGCCCUUGGAGAGUGAUCCAGAGGUGAAAUACGGAGCAGGCUUGACCAACUUGGAAUUUGCCCACUUAUGUGAACUGAUGGGGACUUCAGUCUAUGCCUCUGAGGUAUUCAAUUGCUCUGCCCCAGACACUGGCAAUAUGGAAGUGUUAGUGCGCUAUGGCACAGAUGCACAGAAGGAACGCUGGCUGAUGCCUUUGCUAGAAGGCAAGAUCCGCUCCUGCUUUGCUAUGACAGAACCCCAGGUUGCUUCCUCUGAUGCCACCAACAUUGAGGCUUCUGUCACCAAAGAAAAAGACACCUACAUUCUGAAUGGGCAGAAAUGGUGGAUUUCAGGUUCCCUGGACCCUCGUUGCCAGCUCUGCAUCUUUAUGGGCAAGACCAACCCUGAGGCCCAGAGACACAAGCAACAAUCGAUGCUGCUGGUCCCCAUGGACACUCCUGGCAUCACAGUCACCAGGCCGCUCAGCGUGUUUGGCUUGGAAGAUGCCCCAGCUGGCCAUGGGCAGAUGACAUUUGAAAAUGUCCGCGUUCCCCAAGAGAACCUCUUGCUCGGCCCUGGGCGCGGGUUCGAAAUUGCCCAGGGGAGGCUGGGCCCAGGAAGGAUACACCACUGCAUGAGGCUGAUUGGCCUGGCGGAACGAGCCCUGGCACUCAUGAAGGAGCGGGUAACAACCCGCGUGGCCUUUGGUAAGCCGCUGGCAGAACAGGGCACCAUCAGGGCAGAUCUCGCUGAGUCCCGCAUUGAGAUUGAACAGGCCCGGCUCCUUGUUCUCAAGGCAGCCCAUCUCAUGGACUCUGUUGGAAAUAAGGAAGCGGCUCUGGAGAUCGCCUUGAUUAAAGUCGUGGCUCCAAGGAUGGCGCUCCGUGUCAUUGACCGGGCUGUCCAGGCCUUUGGUGCAGCAGGCCUUGGCAGUGAUUUGCCCCUGGCCCAGGCCUUUGCUUGGGCACGAGCCUUGCGCUUGGCAGACGGCCCCGAUGAAGUCCACACGGUCGCCAUCGCUAAAAUGGAACUGAAGCGCUAGCUGUGCCGUGACCAGGAGCUGCGCAGAGCCCCAGGUGCGGGGCUGGAGCGGAUGCGCAGGCCGCGUUCUUGAGGACCAGAGGCCGAUCCAGUUUUGCAGCAAGGCUCAUCUGCUUCUCACGUUCUCUUGCAAUAACCGCUGGAGGAGCAUCUAAAAAUCACUUGACUGCUCACCUCACCUCUUCUCGAUUUUGCUGGCUGCUGCUUCACAUUUUGAGCACUAGAAAGUGCUUUGUUGAUCUUAAGUACUUUGUUGAUUUUUGCUUCUAUCUGGGCAGAUGGUGAGUAGAGAGAGGAGGGGGAUCUUCCAAUGGAUUCUCGCAAAGAGGCAUCUUCUUAAUCCACUGAUGUGAGGACUAUCUUGGGGGUGAUUUGAUAUUUUUGAUAAUGCCCUUUGCUGAAGAGCUAAAUGCAAGUGUUGAAAUCAUGAAAAAAGCAUUGUGAAAGGUUCUAUGGAAUGCAGCUUUAGAAGAAACAGCAAUAAAAAGGA